CUCCCGCCCUCCCUCCCGAGACACGAGCCGAACUGGGCGUCAGGUCGGGGAGCCGGUCGGGUUCCCGCUCGCUGCCGCUGCCGCCGCCGCCUCCCGCAGAGCUUCUCCCGCCUCUUCGCCGCGCCGGCCCCAGGAGCUGCAUCGCUUACUCUGCUCCACCGUGGAGCCGCCAGUCCCGGAGCACCAAGCGCCACAAGCGACAAACCGAGUCCCUCGUCACCUCAAGCCGAGGCGACCCCUCCCGGGUCCGCCCUCGCCCCGUGCGGCCGCCGGAGCCCCCGGUCCGGAGGGACCCGCAGCCCGGCCCCUGCACUCCCGCAGUCGCCGGCCCCCGCCCGGAACAUGGACUCCGACUCCUGCCCCGCCGCCUUCCACCCGGAGGAGUACUCCCCCGGCUGCAAGAGGCGCAGGACAGUGGAGGACUUCAACAAGUUCUGCACCUUCGUCUUGGCCUACGCUGGCUACAUUCCAUACCCGAAGGAGGAGCUUCCUCUGAGGAGCAGCCCCAGCCCUGCCAACAGCACCGCUGGCACCAUUGACAGCGAUGGCUGGGAUGCUGGCUUCACCGAUAUGGCGUCCUCCGUGCCCCUGCCAGUGUCUGACCGGUGCUUCGGCCACCUGCAGCCCACUCUCCUGCAGCGUGCCAAGCCCAGCAACUUCCUGCUGGACAGGAAGAAGCCAGAUAAGCUAAAGAAGAAGAAGAAGAGGAAGCGGAGGGAAGGAGACGCAGCGGGGCAGGAGAGCUUCCACGGGGGCCUGCUGAAGCUGGAGCCAGCCGAUCCUUACCCUGAGACCCCCAGCAGCCCCGCCCUGCAGGACCUGCCCCAGGCCCCCAGUGAGCCUUGCUCGGGCUGGGACUCCGACACUCCCUCGAGCGGCUCUUGUGCUACCACCGUGUCCCCCGAUCAGGUCAAGGAGAUAAAAACUGAAGGCAAACGGACAAUCGUCCGGCAGGGGAAGCAGGUGGUGUUCCGGGAUGAGGAUAGCACCGGCAACGACGAGGACAUCAUGGUGGACUCAGAUGACGAUUCCUGGGACCUGGUCACCUGCUUCUGCAUGAAGCCCUUUGCUGGCCGCCCCAUGAUCGAGUGUAACGAGUGCCACACCUGGAUCCACCUGUCCUGCGCGAAAAUCCGCAAGUCCAACGUGCCGGAAGUGUUCGUCUGCCAAAAGUGCCGGGACUCCAAGUUCGACAUCCGCCGCUCCAACCGCUCCCGAAUGGGCUCCCGGAAGCUCUUUCUGGACUGACGGAGGUGGCCAGGAGACUCCGGGCAAGGGGACGAGAGCGGGGGCCUCCGGGCCUUCCCUUGGUUGAGCACAGAACCCCUAGCUCGAGCGGGCAGAUCCCUCAUUCAGGUGCCUAAGCGAAGGACAGGCUGUCCCUGUAGGAACUGUACAUAGCCUGCGACUGAGAGCCGUCGCCGCCUGCCCGGAACACCCAAGUGCAGUGGCUGGGUUCAGCCUAGAGGGGGCGGUCCUUGCGGUUUUACUGUCUUUGUCCGUGACCCCCACUGUUUGGAACCGGGCUGGCUGUCCUUCCUGCCUCUCUAGGCCGGGGUGGGGAGCCACUUGCAUCCCCAGCCUGAACGAGCAGCCAUAUGCGUCCAUUCCCUGGUGUCUGUGUCCCCCAAGUGUCUGUGCGGCAGCCGUCUGGUCACCCCUUGCUUUGUGGCCCCUGAUCUGCCUGUCCCGGACGCACUGCCUGGCCACAUGUGGGAGCAGCUGUGGCCUUCAGAGUGGAGGGCGGCCCGGUGAGGCUUUGGUAUCCCCCGUUGUUUGGAAGGGACAGUAUGUGGCCACCUCUCUGAAAGGGUUUCCUGGGGGUCAGGGUGGCCGUGUUGAGAGCUCAGUGUCCCGUUUGCACGACAUACAGACCAAUCCUCACAUAGCACACGUCUGUCCAGGCCAGCCUUCUGCUGGGUCCCUUUCUCUAGUUGGUGUUCUGAGGUCCCUGAGGCCCAGGUGAGCAGCAGGACGUGGGCAGCUGUGCUUGGGAUGCAACAGUGGCCUGCAGUGACAAACAUUCCUGGCUGGCCUGCUGCUUGUAUGGCUGGCCUUGGCCGCAGUCCUCGUGGUGUGGGGGUGGGUCACUGAGGCCUUGGGUUCUCCUCGGCCCCACUGGUUCCCCACCCCACAGCACCCCCGGUUGGCGGUGUACACCAGUGGUGCCCAGUUCUCACUCAGGACUGUUCCCAGGGUGACCGGUGCGCUGUGCCCGUGCCUCGGGGACUGGGUUGAAGCCCUGUUCAUUUUUUUGCCGAUUCCCUGCGGUGUGGGCCAGGCUGGCUCCCCUUCACCGAGCACGGGGGGCCCCACUUUCUGUCCAGUGUCUUGGGUACUCGUGCAGUCUCCUGUCCUAGGUGUUAAAAUCCUGUUGUGCCGGGCACGGAGGCGAGGGCACGGGGCAAGGCUGGUGGGGGACGGGGCGCCCGGUGGGCAGGGCAGGGGCGCGGAGUUUGCCAAAGAUCUGCCCGCGCCGGAAACCAAAGUUGCAAGUUUUUUCCUUUUAAAAGUCCCGAGGUUUUAAAAGCGCGCUGAGGAACUCACGCGAGUUUUAGAGGGGGUCCCCGUGCCCCCACGGUUUGCAGCUUCCGGAACGCGUCCCGCACCCCUCUGGGCCCUGUCCUGAGUGUGCGAGUGGGCCUGGCCGGCGCUUGCCCGCCUUAUGCAAGUCGGGCGAGACCGACGGGGCUCCCGUAAGGGCAGGGGAGUCACCCCGGAAGCGCCGGACCCUCGCCUUCGUUUACAUGGUUCUGUGUGAUUAUAAAGUUUAUGUGUAUAAAGCGAGGUGUUUCUGUGAAACUGUAGAUUUUGUAAAUAAAGAUAUUGCUACUUUGA